CAUUACGCACUUCCGGUUCUCCUCGAAGAGUCCCCCCUCUUCUCCUCACCGUCGCGCCGUGAAGUGGAUGUUUUGGUGAGAAAAUACGGUGUCGAAAAGGGACGUAAAUACCUUAUACAUGACAUUUCGACCGAGCGGGACCUAAAGCGGCCAGGCAACGGGGAAGAAGAGCGUCUUCGGGGAAGGUUUCGGCUUUAUCUUUGUACCGUAUUCUUCCGCAUGUCCGCUUUCUUCAUACAUGGUCUCCGGCGAGCGUUGUCUGGCGGCGGACGACGAGUUGUCGAAGAAUAAUAUGAAGGAGAUGAUCGGCGGUUGCUGCGUUUGCUCUGAUGAGAGAGGCUGGGCGGAAAACCCGCUGGUGUACUGCGACGGACACGGCUGCAACGUCGCCGUGCAUCAAGCCUGCUAUGGCAUCGUGCAGGUGCCCACUGGUCCGUGGUUCUGCAGAAAGUGUGAAUCUCAGGAGAGAGCAGCCCGUGUGAGAUGUGAGCUGUGUCCCCACAAAGAUGGAGCCCUCAAGAGGACAGACAACGGAGGCUGGGCCCAUGUAGUUUGUGCCCUUUACAUACCUGAAGUGGAAUUUGCCAAUGUCUCGACGAUGGAGCCCAUAGUACUCCAGUCUGUACCACAUGAUCGCUACAACAAGACAUGUUACAUCUGUGAGGACCAGGGCAGAGAGAGUAAAGCCGCCACUGGAGCCUGUAUGACCUGCAACAAACAUGGCUGCAGGCAGGCCUUCCAUGUCACAUGUGCCCAGUUUGCGGGGUUGUUAUGUGAAGAACAAGGAUCGGACGCAGACAAUGUCAAGUACUGUGGAUAUUGCAAGUACCACCACAGCAAAUUGAAACACAAGGAGCGGGACAGGCACAAACCCAAACACAAGAAGGUCUCGAUGGACAUGUCGCCGUCCCUCGUCCUUCCUAACAUCUUGGUCCCGGACAAGACCUACAACAGUGGCAGCUCAGUGGGAGGAGUCACCUCUCUGCCGGCAUCCUCACAGAAGCGGCUGGACGAUAGCACUUCCCGUUUCACGACCGCGAACUUUCAGGAAGUGUCGUCGGCUCUCUCCGGUGGCAGCUCUAAAGAUUGCUUGGCUGCAGAUGCUGGGAAGGUGGCGUCUGAGGUGAAGAACAAGAAGAACAGCGGCGCAAGUCAUGUGGUGGGACAGAGGGGUGUCCGCAAGUCCCUCACCACCUCAGGGAAACCCCUCCCUUCCGCCGUGGUCACCAUGGCAACCUCGUCCACAUCUGCCUCUGCUUCCACUGGGCCCUUCCACCAAGGCCUCCUGUUGACCAGUGCCAGUAAGACGCCCUCUGCUCCUUCCUCCUCAGACUUCCUAAGUUUUUCAGAUCCAUCGUUGCGUUCCGGGGGUGGGACUACGUUCUCCUCCCCGCCAUCUUUCAGCAGCUGCCUUGUGAAGCCAAGCUCGGAGGGCAGCGCCUCAGAGGGAACUACGACACUCUUCGGCUCUCUGAUGUCCACCACUACGGCUUCUGCAGUGGGCGGGAAGCUGUAUGAGAAUUCCCACAGUCACACAGCCAGCGAGACGACAAGCCUCGGUGGCUGCGCCGGCUACAAACGGCCCCAACCCUCCAGCUCAGUGCCGGGGAUCGGAGGAGCAGCGGCAGGAGGAGGGGAUGAUGGGGUGAAGAAGAAAAAGAAGGGCAACUGGCGAAACAGAUUUGGACCUUGCUUCACCACAGAUGUGAAGCCUACUGAGCCAGCUCCCUCCCUGACUCUCCCCACCUCCUCCUCGGCCAACACUCCCUCCUCAACAGCCUCCCCAUCCUCCACUUCAUCGUCGACGCUCACAGGCCGGCCGGGCUUGGUGUCCAGCAGUGGGUUAGGAGUGGGGGUGGGAGGAGGAGGAGAGAGGGGGCUGGGGGUCAUGGGUGUCAGUGGUGGGAUUCAGAACCUUAGGAAUGGGAGUCUGCAGGGCAGCAGCAGCUCCACAAGCACUGGGCCAGGUGUUUUCUCUGGUGCGGAUGGGCCAUCGACGGGAACGGGAGUUGUCGCCGUUGGCGGAGCCGGCUCUGAGUUGUCACAGCAACAGCAACCCACACCUUCGCUAGCCCCUCCCUCUCCAUUCACUGCCACCACACCCCUAACCAGCACAGCCUCCACACACGUGAGCGGUCUGCCAGGGUCCGUCUUCAACCUCGCUCCCUCCCACAUGUUUGGCAACAGGCUGAAUCCCAACUCGGCCAUGGCGGCACUCAUCGCCCAGUCCGAGGCUUCGCCAGCAGAUCAGGAGGUGGGAGAUGGCGGCAGCGGCGUCGGAGCUCAGGGCUUCUCCAUAAGAGCUUCUCCCAAGACCACCCCGCGCUCUCCCAUUGGUGGCCUGCAGAUCCGCUAUGACUCCUCGGGGUCGUUGCCGGGGCCGGGGCUUGGGUUGCUAGGGGCGGGGGGAGGCAGCGGGGAGACACUGCCCCCGGUGGCCACCAGCAUUGAACAGCUCCUGGAGAGGCAGUGGAAUGAAGGGCAGAGCUUCCUGCUGCAGCAGGGAGCACAGGGAGACGUGCUGGGCAUGUUGAAGUCCCUCCACCAGCUGCAGGAGGAGAACAGGAGGCUGGAGGAGCAGAUUAAAACUCUGACCAUGAAGAAGGAGAGACUGCAGCUCCUCAGCGCUCAGCUAUCAGUGCCUUUCACCUCCAGCAUGGCUUCCUCUGAUAUGAAAGGAGGCCAGCUGGGAGCCACCGACUCAUCUUUACCUGUGGCAGCUCAGGACGGUGCGUCAUGUGGUGGCCACAGCAGUAGUGGCUCCACCUCAUCUCUCUCCACCCCUCCCUCCGUCUCCCAGAGCCCGCCGCAGCUGAACGGGGUCGCUGCCGUGGGAACGGCCCCGGCCAGGCUGGGCGGGGUGGCAGGGCUGAUGGGUGCUCUGGGUGCAGGUGGUGCACUCGGCAUAGCGGGAAUUGUCGGGGCGCUGAACGGAGUGAUCCAGACACCGGCGGGCACCGCCAACCCUCAACACACUACAGGAGCAGCUGCGGGCGUCACGCUGCCCAUUAAUAAUGGCCCAGCAGCCAGUAAGAGCAGCGCUGCACGGCUCGGCCUGCUGUCUGAGCAGCACAGACUCCUGCAGCAGCAUCAGCUCCAGCAGCUGCUGGCCUCGCAGCCUUCAGCGGAGCAGCAGCAGGUGUUACUCUACCAACUGAUGCAGCAGCAGCAGGACCUCCAGCAGCUGCAAUCCCUCUCCUCUGCCCAUAUUCCCUCCAUCCCGCUCUCCUGCCCUCAGCUGCCCAUCAACAACCUGCUGCCCGGCGCCCACAACCAGGGCCAAGGCACCAUCACCGCCAACCCCUUCCUGGCGCUGCAGCACGCACAUGUUGACACGCACGCCUCGGGGCCGCAGAAGCAGCGGCUCGCCGAGAAGGCCAUGGGCAACGCAGGGCAAGAGAAGACAUGACGGCAGAUGCCCUUUAUGUUUUGGUUGUCAAUAUUUUGUUAUUUCCUUUCUGAAUAAAUAUGCAGAGUCUUCAGGAGAUCGGCCUGUUGGUCAACUUUGUGGUUCAGUGAUGAGAACCAGUCACCAGCUCACUGUAGUUGACCUUGUCAGGUUUAUUGGGUUUUUUCAGGUUACAGUCUUAACAACAUUUUGUCUUCAUUUGUAUUAUUUAUGUCUAUCCAAAUUUUAGAUUUUUAAAAAAAAACAUUUUAGCUUUAGUGCUGCUUCAAGUUCUAUUUUGUAACUGUUGAGAUAAUGAUUUUCAUUUGAUAUCACUGGUAGCAACUUAGUGUGUGAGUAAAUGAGCACAUGUUGUGUUUGAUCUCUUCUCUCACCGGAUGAGUUGACAAACGGGUCAGCCUUUAUCUUCAUUGAUUUUCUCUUAAUAUUUUCUUCUCUAAUCUCAUCAUCCAGCUUCUUCACAUUUCUUCUUUCUCUUUUUUGCUGUGACGUGUUUUUUUCUUCUUCUCCAUUUCCUCUCUUUCCUCCCUCUUUUCUCUCUGCUUCUCCAUCCUCCACACUAACAACCAUCUCGGUCUGGUCUCUCUGCUGUCUCACUCUCUCAGGGGCCUCAGCUCACAAGCUAGCACACACGCAGAACUAAAAACAUAAGAAGAAAAAUAACAUACAUGUAUGUAAAAAAAGAAACUAGGAUUCCCCACCACAGGACUUAACGGUAGCAGAUGUAUGUUUUGACAUCUGUCUCGCAGCGAUCCCAAGGGGAAUAUUGGGUGAGAGGCUUGUGAAAAUAUCCCACAUGUUCUCGCUGUUGCCUCUGUCCCCUUGUCUUUCACUGUUUGUGUAGAUCCAUUAAUGUCAGAGAGCCUCAUACAGUCACCGCAGAAGCCUUGCUUUGGACUGUCUCUUCUCUGGGCCAGAUACAGGCGGCUCACUCAGGGAAGUGAAAUGUAAAAAAAAAUAGCAAGUUGAAUGUUCAGACGGAUGCAUUAAUCCACGCGGCACAGACUCACAGAGAGAUAUUAUGCAGUUGGUUGUCAGCGCGUGGAAGUCGUUACAUUUCAUCUUCCUGAUUGAGCCCCCUGCUGCACCUACCUCUCCAGCAGGACCAGCCUAUCAGGACCUAAAAGGCCGACAGCGGCGGCCGCGAAUAACCCACAACCAUGAGGACUGGCCAAUCAGGGUCCAAACCCAAGUGCCUGUGGCCAAGGGGGGGAAGGUGGGAUUUGUUUCCUUGUACCUGUGUCCCUGUCACUCAGCCCAAUUCUUCACAAUGCUACUGGUAAUUAAGCUGCGUUGUCAAGGCAACAGAUUACAAACAUACUUUUGACGCGCAGUCUCUUUUAAAAUAACCAGGAAAUAUUCUGCUGCAUUCUCUAAUAGCAAAGCCAACUUUGUAUUGUGCUUUUUAUUUAUUGGGAGUGUGUUUGUGUAAUGGGCAUAAGAUGAUAUAUUUUAAAAGCCUGCUGGUGUUGCAACUUAACAUGUUGUACUACUGUGUAAAGUUUUGUUUGUGUUUUGUUUUUCCCCUCAUACAGUCCAAUCUUGCUGUAAACCCGUUUAAUGACUUCUACUCUGUGUUGUGUUUUAAAAGCUAGAAGCUACUUGCUGAUUGGGAAGGGGUGUGGUUGUGUAUAUAGCUGUUUUCAGGGGGGAGGAAGUGUGUCACGGGGGCGUUCAGUGGCACAGUUUUUACCUCGUUAAGUGUACAUAAACCUUUCUCAUUGGCCGAUUCAUAAGUGAUUGUGAUUAGCUGUGCUGGUGUGAAGGAAAGCCAAUGAAGCCUCAAUUUGUGUGUGUGUCUGUGUGUCUGUGUGUGUGAAUCUUUAGGACCAGAUAAAAAAGGUUUGACAGUGACUGGACACACAAAGUAUUAAUUUAUUUUUAUAUGUGCAGGGACAUUGUGUUUCUUUUUUAAGUUUUGCACCAUUUUCUUGAUGAAGUCAUUUUAUACUCUGCACCGUGUUUUCAUCUGCACACAUUUGUUUGGAUACAUUUUGUACAAGUGGAAAAUAAUAGGUGGGGGUGGAAUCUGACAUUGUAUUUCAAAACACCAAAAUAAAGAAACACUAUGGAUAAACUAA